UACUGAUUUUAUAUACAUAUUCUUAAUUUCUAGGGUGUAAGCCACUUACACAAACAUCAUUUGGUGCAUAUGGACAUCAAACCAGAAAACAUAUUUAUUGGCUACGAUGGGUUAUGCAAGCUUGGCGACUUUGGUCUAGUCAUUGAAACGUCUCAGGGGCCUGUGAAGGAAGCGAUGGAAGGUGAUCCCAAAUACCUGGCCCCAGAGGUCAUGAAUCUCCAGUUUGGUGCGUCAGCUGACAUUUUCAGCCUGGGGAUGACCGUGCUUGAAUUGGCCACUGACCUGGACCUCCCCAAGCAGGGAGAUAUGUGGCAGUCGCUCAGGCAGGGCAAGUUACCUCCUGUGGCCAAUUCUCUUUCGAGUGAAUUGCAGGUGGUAUUAACAGAGCUUCUGAGACCAGAUCCAUCCGAGAGACUCACAGCUGAUCAAGCCCUUAGUCUUCCCAUCAUAAGACGCGUCCUAUUUCGCAAGAGAGUGAAAGAUUUCUUCAGGAUAUCUCUCAUGAAGGCCAAAGGGUUCCUGUUGCGAAUGUUGCUUUACGUGAUGUCAUUCUUUGCCUUCGUUGCGCUCCCAAUCACCAGACUGCGCAAGAGGAGGAGGUCUUCGGGAGACUCACCCAAUAAGUCCAGAAUGAAUAAUUCUGACUCCGACUUCACCAUGGGAUUUUCAGACGAGGAAGGUUUGGAUGACCACAGCCUAGCUCAGCCCCUGAGUGAUAUUUCCACAUCAAGCAGUGAGACCAACCAGUUCCUCAGCAACAAGGGUUUCGGCAAUUCCACACCUAUAUCCUCACUCUUCAAGAAACGACCUGACUUCUUUGAGGGUUCACCCAGUAUAAGGAACAGCUGCAAUGCGAGCCCAAGAAUAGACGAUAGUCCAACCUUCAUCCGCCGCCGCGUCACCCUGCCCAGGGCAGGAAGACCUUUCAACCAGCGAUUGAAUGAGAGCACAAGCUUCAACUCUUCCAUGGCUAACACCCCAAGUCCACACAGAAAUGCUGAGCAAGAGGAACCUGUUCAGCCUCUCAACCUUACCUCGAGAAAUUUGAUAGACUUAUUUAAUGCUGCAGAAUCAGAUGAGGAAUAGAAAAAUAUUUUUUAUGUGUGCUGUGCCUUUGGUUUGAGGUUGAUUCAAGUGCAUUCCUGGGAAUUCUAUGAAAAGGAGAUGUAAAACUUUGUUAUGAGAACAAAAAUGGGGCACAAGGACUUCUCUGAAGGGAGUAAUUGCAUUUAGAAUAUUAUCAUAAGUUUACAUUCUGCCUGAUUAUUUUACUAUGAACAGAAUCCAGUUACUAACUAGAAAGAAGAAACUACUGUAUAGAUUAUUUCAGGGUUUAAGUAGCCAUGGAAAUUUGCUGCUUAAAAAGAAAUUUUGCAUAAUAUACAGAAGUAUUUUAUGCAGCUGUGUAAGGAGUGUGCUUGUGUAGGCUGUGUGCCUGUGUUCCUUGAGAGUGUUUGGGAGUAUGUGUUGGGUGUUUAUACAUGCUAUUUGUGUAAUCCAAUUGGCCAAGAUUUUUUUAUUGUGAUUUUGUGUUCAGGAGAGUCAGAACAUUGUAAGUGUAACGUGGUGCUUCUCUGUCUAUUUUGCAUGAAUAACUCUAGUACUUUCUUUUCCCACUCAUGAACUUGAAGAAAGGUUUUGUUAGAUACGCUACAGUUUUUAGAUGAUGGUAGAUAAGUAAAUGUGUCACAACUAUGUUUAGGUACCACUACAUAUUGUCCAUUCCUACAUUUUUAUUUUCAGAUCUUUUCAGUGAUACUUUGGGAAAAAACAUUUAGAUUUCCUGACAUUUAUUAAUAUUUAGCGAUAUCCAAGUGCACAUCAGGGGUAUAGGUAUUACUCAUAAAGUUUGGCUUUGCGGGCACUGUUAAUUGUGAAUCUAUAUAUAUAUAUAUAUAUAUAUAUAUAUAUAUAUAUAUAUAUAUAUAUAUAUAUAUAUAUAUUUUCUUAUGCGAGUGAUAUUUCAGCUUAGAUUACAAAUCUUGCAGUUUUAUUUUAAUUGAAAUUUUCAUUUUGAGUGUAUCUAUUACCCCUAGAAAAAAAAAUUAUACUUUGAUUAAUCAUUAUAAAAUCUGAGAUCUACUUAUUUCUGUAGCUUAGAUUAGAAUAAGUCAUUACUGAUUAUCUAAUUCUGAUGCACCUACCCCAUUAUCACAUUUUACAGGUGUUUAUAUAAAUUUUUAACUCCCACAAAGUGCCCUCAAGUAAAGUGUUUACAAACUGCAAGAGAGUGCAAAGUGAAGAAUGCUUUAAAUAUGAUGGAAACACAAAUUAUGAAGUGAUUGGAAGGAAGUGUAUGUGUGUGUCUAUCAGAAAAAAAAAAUAAAAAAUUGUUUUUGGAUGUGGACUUGAGAGAGAAAAGCAAAUAGCAAUAAGAAGUGUUUUCAACUUUAGCAUUGACUAGGUUUACUGUUAGCUUGCUCAUAUGUACAUAAUUUUUCUUUUAUAUUAGGUAUUGUUGUCAGAUAUAUUCUUAUUUACCUUUAAAAAAACAAAACAUAUAUCUCUAAAUUACUGAUCUCAUCUUCAAUAUUUAUCCCCAACUGAUAGUUUCAGCUUGGGAAAGACUGGUUAAGAAGACGGAGAAUAAACAUGUUCUUUGGUUUGUUCGUUGGUUGUGCAAUGUGAAAGAAAUAGUUGAAGCUGUGAAUAUUAUAUAUUUGGAAGAGAUAAAAA